AUGAAAGAUCUUGGAAAGACAAAAUUCUGCCUUGGUCUGCAGGUUGAACAUUUUUCGAGUGGUAUUCUUAUCUACCAAUCAACAUAUACAGAAAAUGUUAUGAAACGUUUUUAUAUGAAUAAAGGCCAUUUAUUGAACUCUCCAAUGGUUGUUCGUUCUCUUGAUGUCAAGAAAGAUUAUUUUCGUCCUCGAGAAGAUGAUGAAGAUCUCCUUAGUCCUGAAGUGCCUUAUCUCAGUGUGAUUGGUGCUCUUAUGUAUCUUUUAAAUUGCACAAGGCCUGACAGAGUAUUUUCAGUCAAUUUAUUAGCAAGGUACAGUUCUGCACCAACCCGCAGACAUUGGAAUGAAAUCAAACAUAUAUUGCGAUAUCUUUGUGGUACAAUUGAUAUAGGAUUGUUUUAUUCAAAAGAACCAAAUUCUCAAUUAAUUGGAUAUGCAAAUGCUGGCUAUCUCUUUGACCCACAUAAAGCUCAUUCACAAAUAGGAUAUGUGUUUACUUGUGACGGCACUGUUAUAUCAUAG